UAAGAUAAUAAGCAAAUAACAGGUAUGUAAAGAGAGACAGUGAUUUGAAAUUAAGAAGGAGAGAUUAAAGAUGACGUGGGGGGGAUUCAAAAAAUUUACAACGAAAUAAAAUUUCUUGGUUCUAGUCUUUUUUUUUUAUUCUUUGUUUAAUUAAUACAACAAUGGCACAAGUUCCUCGUAACUUUCGUUUAUUAGAAGAGUUGGAAAAAGGAGAAAAGGGUUUAGGUGAUGGUUCUUGUAGUUAUGGUUUAGCUGAUGACGAUCGUUUAAUGCAUAAGUGGCAUGCCACUAUUCUCGGUGCUCCUCACUCUGUUCAUGAAAACCGUAUCUAUAGUCUCACCAUCUUUUGCAGUGACCAAUAUCCUACUCAACCUCCUGUCCUUCAGUUUGUUUCAAGGAUUAACUUGCCCAGUGUCAACCCUCAGAACGGAAAGGUUGAUCCCAAUCGUUUACCCUGUCUCUCUCACUGGAGAAGCAAUUACACACUGGAAACUGUCUUGACCGAAUUAAGAAGAGAGAUGGCCACCACAGGUAGAAAGUUACCUCAACCUGCUGAAGGCUCAACUUUUUAAAGAAACAAAAACAAAUAAAUAAAAAUAUCGGAGUUGUUUGCGCAUUACAGUUUUCCUUUCAAAGUUUGCGUUCUGACUUUCGUGGGACAUGAGUGAUAUCAUGGUUACCGCCUAGUUACCGCCUAGUUACCGCCUAGUUACCCGCUCUAUGCUAGAAACCUUACCGUCUUGUUUAAUGUGCGUCUUUAGGAAAAAAAGGGGAUGAGUGACCUGAAGGGAAG